CCCUUCUUCGAGGGCGGAUGUGCGCCAGGCCAGAGAAGGCGGCGGCGGGCCGAGAGGAAUCCAGCUGGGCCCCGCAGGCCUCCGGCCACAGCCAUGCGACGCCCGGGGCGAGGCCUGGACUGGUGGCCCGGGCCACAGGAGCUCCGGAGCCCCAGGACCAUGGACACCCUCAACAGGAACCAGGGGGGCCCUGGAUGCAAGACCCAAGCUGUGGUGCAGAAAGGACCCUUGGACCUGAUUGAAACAGGCAAAGGGCUGAAAGUGCAAACGGACAAACCCCACCUGGUGAGCCUGGGCAGCGGGCGGCUCAGCACGGCCAUCACCCUUCUGCCCCUGGAGGAAGGGAGGACGGUGAUUGGCUCUGCAGCUAGGGACAUCUCACUGCAGGGUCCAGGCCUGGCGCCAGAGCACUGCUACAUCGAGAACCUACUGGGCACCCUCACCCUCUACCCCUGUGGCAAUGCCUGCACAAUUGAUGGGCUCCUCGUCCGGCAGCCCACUCGGCUCACUCAGGGCUGCAUGUUGUGCCUGGGUCAGUCCACCUUCCUCCGCUUUAACCACCCUGCUGAAGCCAAGUGGAUGAAAAGCAUGAUUCCUGCAGGGGGCAGGGCCCCUGGCCCCCCCUACAGCCCUGGCUCAGCAGAAUCAGAAAGCCUGGUGAAUGGGAAUCACACCCCACAGCCUGCCACCCGGGGACCCUCAGCCUGUGCCAGCCACAGUUCCCUGGUGAGCUCUAUUGAGAAAGACCUGCAGGAAAUCAUGGAUUCGCUGGUGCUAGAGGAGCCUGGAGCUGCAGGCAAGAAGCCUGCCGCAACUUCCCCGCUCUCUCCGAUAGCCAAUGGUGGGCGCUACCUGCUGUCCCCCCCAACCAGCCCUGGGGCCAUGUCCGUGGGCUCCAGCUAUGAGAACACCUCUCCAGCCUUCUCUCCACUCUCCUCACCAGCCAGCAGUGGGAGCUGUGCCAGCCACUCACCCAGUGGGCAGGAGCCAGCACCUUCCAUGCCCCCACUGGUGCCAGCUCGCUCCUCUAGCUACCAUUUGGCCCUGCAGCCCCCACAGUCACGACCAAGCGGUGCUCGCUCCUCUGAGAGCCCGCGGCUGGGCAGGAAGGGGGGUCACGAGAGGCCCCCUAGCCCUGGCCUCCGAGGUCUGCUGACAGACAGCCCAGCCGCCACUGUCUUGGCGGAGGCCCGCAGAGCCACCGAGAGCCCCCGGCCGGGUGGGCAGCUGCCUGUGGUGGCGAUCAGCCUGAGUGAUUACCCGGCUUCCAGUGCCCGCAGCCAGCCCACCAGCAGCAUUCCUGGCAGCCCCAAGUUCCAGCCUCCAAUCCCUGCUCCCCGAAACAAGAUGGGCACGCUCCAUGACCGCCCUCCUAGCCCUUUCCGAGAGCUGCCCGGCACUGAACGCGUGUUGACGACCAGCCCCUCGCGGCAGCUGGUGGGUCGAACGUUUUCGGAUGGGUCGGCCACCCGCACCCUGCAGCCUCCCGAGAGUCCCCGCCUGGGCCGGCGGGGCCUGGACAGUAUGAGAGAACUGCCUCCCUUGAGCCCAUCUCUGUCCCGAAGGGCUCUCUCCCCCAUGCCUGCUCGGACCACCCCAGAUCCCAAGCUAACCAGGGAAGUGGCAGAGAGUCCCAGGCCCCGGCGCUGGGCAGCUCACGGGGCUUCCCCAGAAGACUUCUCCUUGACUCUGGGGGCACGAGGCCGCCGGACACGGAGCCCCUCACCCACACUUGGGGAGUCCCUGGCACCCCGCAAGGGCAGCUUCAGUGGCAGGCUGAGCCCGGCUUAUAGUCUGGGCUCUUUGACUGGGGCUUCGCCCCGUCAGAGCCCCCAUGCCCAGAGGAAGCUCUCCAGCGGGGACUUGCGGGUACCUGUCACUCGGGAGCGAAAAAAUAGCAUCACAGAGAUCAGUGACAAUGAGGAUGACCUCCUGGAGUACCACCGGCGGCAGCGCCAAGAGCGGCUUCGGGAGCAGGAGAUGGAGAGGCUGGAACGCCAGCGCCUGGAGACUAUCCUGAACCUGUGUGCCGAGUACAGCCGGGCUGACGGGGGACCUGAGGCCGGGGAGCUGCCCAGCAUUGGGGAGGCUGCAGCGGCCUUGGCGCUGGCAGGCCGGAGGCCCUCACGAGGCCUUGCAGGGGCCACUGGGACCUCUGGGCGGAGCACUGAGGAGCCUGGAGGGGCCACCCAACGCCUGUGGGAGAGUGUGGAGCGCUCGGAUGAGGAGAAUCUCAAGGAGGAGUGCAGUAGCACCGAGAGCACCCAGCAGGAGCACGAAGAUGCACCCAGCGCCAAGCUCCAGGGAGAGGUGCUGGCCCUGGAAGAGGAGCGGGCUCAGGUGCUGGGGCGAGUGGAGCAGCUCAAAGUCCGUGUGAAGGAGCUGGAGCAGCAGCUGCAGGAGUCAGCCCGAGAGGCUGAAAUGGAGCGGGCGCUGCUGCAGGGGGAGAGGGAGGCAGAGCGGGCACUUCUGCAGAAGGAACAGAAGGCGGUGGACCAGCUGCAGGAGAAGCUGGUGACCUUGGAGACGGGCAUCCAAAAGGAGAGGGACAAGGAGAGGGCGGAGCUGGCCGCGGGACGGAGGCACCUGGAGGCCCGCCAGGCGCUCUACGCCGAGCUCCAGACGCAGCUCGAUAACUGCCCCGAGUCAGUGCGGGAACAGUUACAGGAGCAGCUGAGAAGGGAGGCAGAGGCUCUGGAGACUGAGACCAAGCUCUUCGAAGACUUGGAGUUCCAGCAGCUGGAGCGAGAGAGCCGGGCUGAGGAGGAGCGCGAGCUGGCGGGCCAGGGGCUGCUCCGGAGCAAGGCCGAGCUGCUCCGCAGCAUCGCCAAGAGGAAGGAGCGCCUGGCAGUCCUAGACAGUCAGGCUGGGCAGAUCCGGUCCCAGGCUGUGCAAGAGUCUGAACGCCUAGCCCGGGAAAAGAAUGCCUCCCUGCAGCUGCUGCAGAAGGAGAAGGAGAAACUGACUAUGUUGGAAAGAAGAUACCACUCACUCACAGGGGGCAGGCCUUUCCCAAAGACCACAUCGACCCUCAAAGAGUACGUGACGCUUGAGCAGCUAAAGGCGAUGUGGGGCACCUCGCCCGUGCCCACAGCCCCUGCGCCAGGCCUGCCUUCCUGGGCCUCUGCCUCCCGGGACCUGGUUCCCACCACCUGCCUUCCUCCCGUGCUGCCCUCUUCCUCCUCCUUCGCUUCUGUCACGCCUUCACCCCAGAUGGAGAAGCUGCUGCUCCCUGCUGUAGACUUAGAGCAGUGGUACCAGGAGCUGAUGGCCGGGCUGGGGACCAGCCCCACUGCAGCCUCCCCUCGCUCCUCUCCCCCACCUCUGCCUGCCAAAGCUUCCCGUCAGCUGCAGGUUUACCGCUCCAAGAUUGAUGGUGAGGCCACCAGCCCCCUGCCCCGGACCCGCAGUGGCCCCCUCCCCUCUUCCUCUGGCUCCUCCUCCUCCUCCUCCCAGCUCAGUGUGGCUACCUUGGGCCGUAGCCCCUCCCCAAAGAAUGCUCUACUCACCCAGAAUGGCACAGGCAGCCUCCCUCGCAACCUGGCAGCCACGCUGCAGGACAUUGAGACCAAGCGCCACCUGGCCCUGCAGCAGAAGGGGCAGCAGGUGAUCGAGGAGCAGCGACGGCGGCUGGCUGAGCUGAAGCAGAAGGCAGCGGUUGAGGCGCAGUGCCAGUGGGACGCCCUGCACGGGGCGGCGCCCUUCCCGGCUGGCCCCUCUGGUUUCCCACCGCUCAUGCACCAUUCCAUCCUGCAUCAUCUGCCGGCCUCGCGGGAGCGUGGGGAGGAGGGUGAGCAUGCCUAUGACACACUGAGCCUGGAAAGCUCGGACAGCAUGGAGACCAGCAUCUCUACCGGGGGCAACUCGGCCUGCUCCCCCGACAACAUGUCCAGUGCCAGCGGCCUGGACAUGGGGAAGAUUGAGGAAAUGGAGAAGAUGCUGAAAGAAGCCCAUGCGGAGAAGAGCCGGCUCAUGGAGUCAAGGGAGCGGGAGAUGGAGCUGAGGCGCCAGGCCCUGGAGGAGGAGCGGAGGAGGCGGGAGCAGGUGGAGCGGAGGCUGCAGAGCGAGAGCGCCCGGAGACAGCAGCUGGUGGAGAAGGAGGUCAAGAUGCGGGAGAAACAGUUCUCCCAGGCACGACCCCUGACCCGCUACCUGCCAAUCCGGAAGGAAGACUUUGACCUGAAGACCCACAUCGAGUCGUCAGGCCAUGGUGUGGACACCUGCCUGCACGUGGUGCUCAGCAGCAAGGUCUGCCGUGGCUACUUGGUCAAGAUGGGCGGCAAGAUUAAAUCAUGGAAGAAACGCUGGUUUGUCUUCGAUCGUCUCAAACGUACCCUUUCCUAUUAUGUGGACAAGCAUGAGACGAAGCUGAAGGGGGUCAUCUACUUCCAGGCCAUCGAGGAAGUGUACUAUGACCACCUGCGCAGUGCGGCCAAGAAGAGGUUUUUCAGCUUCACUAUGGUGACCGAGAGUCCGAACCCGGCCCUCACCUUCUGUGUGAAGACCCAUGACCGGCUGUACUACAUGGUGGCCCCAUCUGCAGAGGCCAUGCGCAUCUGGAUGGAUGUCAUUGUCACCGGGGCUGAGGGCUACACUCAGUUCAUGAACUGACCGGAAUGGGCCUCCUGGACCCUUGGGCCAGCCGCAGGACCCAUGCCCAACUGUCUGCUGCUCUGCUCGCCCCUAGAGACAGGUCACACCCUGGGCCCCAGGCCUCACAGAAGUGCUCCCAGAUGCCCUGGAGGGCGGAGCGUGACUGGGGCUUUUGUACAAGAAGACUCUGUAAUGUUCUAUAAGGAGCUCGUCCUGUGAGGCUCUGGGCCCCGGCCUCCUAAAGAACCAGCCAGGAGACAAAAGCUGGGGAGGGGACUUUGCUGCCUCCUGGGGGCCCAGAACUUGCAAUAACCCUUCAGGGUCCUGCCUGGGGCCCAGCCAGGCUGAGGAGCUGUCACAGAGGGGCCCCUCCACUCUGACCUGGCACCUGCACUCCCCAGCUUGUGUUCUCUUUUGUAAAGGACAAAUUAUGGUACCAGAAUCUGCCAAAGAUCCCCUCUUGCCUCAGCCCCCUUUGCAAGGGCCUUGGGGGCUGAGCAGAGCCACAUCCAGAGUGGGGUAACAGCUCAGGCGGUGUACUUCUCAAACCCUGCUCUUUCCCACUGUUGUCCUGUGUUUAUAUAUUUUUUAUUACUUUACUCAAGGGCCAGAGACCUCAGGUAUCAUCAUUGAGGUCCCCGAGCCCUAUCCCCUUUUCGCAGACCCAUCACCAUGGUCACCAUAGUGACUGCUUCAUCGCCAUGGUUACACACUAAUUGCCGUGGCUCCGUGGCUCAGCCCACAGCUUCAGCUGUGGCCCACCUGAGGGUACGUGCCAUCAUCUCUCCAGCCCAGGCCCUUGGGCAUCUCCUGCUGGGGGGAAGGACUGAACACCUCCCUGCCCCCGCCUGUGUCUCCAGGCCCUGAUACACAGCCUGCGGCCCCCCAGUCUAGCCCUCUCCCCUCCACUCGUGCCUUGCUUUAGAGCCAGAAGGGACGAAGCCUGGAACUGGAGACCAGAGGAGGAGCCAUCAGAUGGGAGAGGUAGCGAGAAGGGCCAUCCUUGGGGUUCUAUACAGGGCUGAGUUUCGGACGGACAGAGGACUGUUCAGUUGCUCCCUGAAGGAAGUCCUGAGCAGGAGAGGAAGCAGCAGGGGGAGCCCCUGAGGUCCAGUUGCCCUCCCUGCAGCUUCGGAAGGUGAUGAAAACGGAGGGCAGAGGACCAGGCCUCCAGCUGUCUGGGCUCAGCCCUUCACGCCUUAACACUAAGCCCACCUCCCUGUCCCCUUCCCAGCACUGGGCCAUGGUUGCUGGACCUGGGCUGGGUGAUUUUCAGUAUUUGUAAGCAUCUCAGCAGAACAAUAAAGCAUUUGGACUAUG